AUGGUCAAGAUCGUGCUUGCAGGAGGCACUGGUAACCUCGGAAGGGAGAUUCUCGAUGCCCUCAUCGAGAAAGGGACCCAUGAACUGUCGGUGUUCACCCGUUCAGACGGUGCAUAUCCCGAUCUCGAAAAGCAGGGCGUUCGCGUUCUCAAGGUCAAUUACGACGAUCAGGACGGCCUUACUGCAGCUCUCAAGGGAGUCGAAGUCGUUUUGUCCUUUGUUGUCGCUCAGUCUGAUCCUGAGGGCAUGGCUCAGAAGAAUCUGAUCGACGCGAGUGUCGCUGCGGAAGUUAAGCGCUUUGCACCCAGUGAGUGGGCUUCCCGGAGUGGUGCUGGUCCGCAAUAUGCUUCGAAGGACAUCGUGAGCGAUUAUCUGCGUGAGAUCAACAAGGAUAAAAGGGUUUUGGAAUACUCCCUAUUCCAGCUGGGCUUUUUCACCAACUACCUAGGAAGUCCCCACAAGACUACCAAGCAUGUCCAACUCUUCAAUAUCCAUGUGGAUGUAGAGAAUCGACGCGCAAUUGCCCCGGAAGGGGACGACUUGAAGUGGACAUUCACAACCGUACAAGACGUUGCACGUGUUGUUGCUGAAGCGGUCGACUACCAGGGGAUCUGGCCUGAAAUUGGAGGUGUCAAUGGCCAUACCUUGACAAACGCUGAGCUUCUGAAGAUUGUUGAAGAGAUUCGUGGACCAAUUAGUAUCGAAAGGGUGACACGCGCAGACCUGGAGGCUGGCAGAUUGAACACAACUUGGGCUCCGAAGAUCGAACAUCCCUCAAUCCCGCCUGAGCACAGGACGCGAGAGCUGUCCGACAAGGUCAUCUCUCGGACUUUGCUCGCUGGGCUCAAGGGCUCAUGGGUCGUCUCUGAUGAGUGGAAUAAAUUGCUCCCUCAUGUGAAGUUCACCAAAGUGGAUGAAUUUCUCAGAUCGGUGAAUUGGGGAAGCUAA